UUAGCUACACGUUAAGUAUGGCUCUUUGCAGUGCUAGCAAACAUUGUUAGUAUUAUCUAGCUUAGCUUGUUUCGCUCUGGCAAGCUUGCUACUAGCCUAUAGCUAGAAACACCCACUGCCUUAGCUAUCAGCGAGCUAGCUAGUUACAUUAUAUAUCUGGUCCACGAUGAUAUGUUCGAUUUGAGUCUUUUUCAACGCCAUGCAGCUGUCCAUUAAUCGCUCCAAAAAUUAUAUUCCCACCGAUUUGAUCAAUAGUGUGCCACUGCAGCCCGCAAUUCGAGCAUUCCUGCCUUUGGGCAUCUGCAGGAAUGCCCCUCCACGUCAUAAAUUGACAGAUUGAGGGAGUUUGCUAGUAGGAACUACGAAACUCGGACAUUUCCAAUUUGCUAAUUGGUUGUAGGUAAUCACGUGCUGCGUUCAACAAUUAGCUAAUUGGAAAUGUAUGAGUUUCCUAGUUCUAGCACAAGAACGUGGCAUUAUCUUGCCUGGCCUUGUUAGUGUCUGAAAGUUGAUUACAUUCGAUUUAGAACCAGACUGACUCCCAGGCAUGAGCCAUGUGACGUAAUUAAGCAUGAGCGGUAAUUAGUAGGAUUCUGUGUUUUCCCAAUCAAAAGUGAUUGCUUUUGAUAACGUUUUAUCUAGUUAAAAAAUUCUAACAUGUAUGUAGGGAAAUAAGUGGAAUUAGAGUAUGGGCAUCUGUGACAGGGAGAAGGGUCCAUCCAUGAUUUAUACAGAGGGCCGUAUCAAAGAUGUUCAUGAACCUAGACCCAAACUGUCAACACUCAAUUCAGCCUCAUCCAUUAAAAAGUGGAUCCCAAGCAUCAAGAAUGAAAUCGAGUAUUAUCUGCAGUCCCAGUUGUCUCACUACCCUGAGAGGAAGAUAGUGGAGUUCCAGCUGAGCAUCCAGGGGCUGGAGAAAGAGUAUAAACGCUUCAUCUGUAAACUGCAAGCCCUGGACCCGACCUGUAAACACCAGCCCUGGUCACCUAGAGCAUACACCAAGAGGAGGGCAGACACACACAUCUCCCCCAACACCGGUAAUUCCUGGUUUCUCUCAUCUGUAGCCAAGAAACCACGCGGUCUCCAGUCAUGUGAUCUGAGCAGGCCGGUCGUUGGAGCACAGAGUAACUGGGUCGUUAAAAGAACAGGAAGUGAUGCAACCUCAGCCUCUGAGAACAAGGUACACUUCCACCAAUCAGGGACUUUCCUCAGCACAUUUCCAGUUGACCUGACUAAUCCCAGCCCAGAGUCCACCAAUCCAGAUCAGGACCAGCCCCUGAACUUUGAUCGCACCCGUCUGGCGGUGGUUCUAGCUGGGUCCAGAGGCCCAUUACAACCAGGGUCGUCUCACACUCAGAGCCUGGCCAGGGUGCUGCUCUCUGGGCUACCCAACCUCCACAGCUCCCCACUGGGAAGGGCCAUUGCUGCACAGGACAGAGACAAUACAGGGGGAGAGAGACGAGACAGCACAGAGGCAGGAGGAGCCCAAAGCACCGUUAAUGAUGAAAAGAGCACAGGGCAUGUACUGGGACUAGGCUGCUACUCAUCCUCAGACGAUGAAGCCGACACAUGACAUGGCUUUGUUAUUAACACUGGAUCCCUGAUCACUACUCAGAACUCAAUCUGCCAUUCAUGGACAUCCCAUGCUCCAGUACUUGUCCAGUUUGCCCUGAACUCCAAUCAGCUGUUGUGAACCACAGGUUCUUUCUUUUCCUAUUGUACAUUAUGUAAAUACACAAUAAAAAGGGAAAUGAUACAAUAUA